CCCUCUUUUCCUCAUCCGUUUCCUUCCGCUCGAAGCAGAACAGCAACGAUGGUCGCUAUUAUUCAGAAGCCUGCUCCUACCUUCACCGCCGCCGCCGUUGAGGACGGCCUCAUGAAGGACAUCUCCUUGAAGGAUUACCUCGGGCAGUGGGUUGUCCUCCUCUUCUACCCCAUGGACUUCACCUUCGUCUGCCCGACGGAGAUCCUUGCAUUCAACGAUGCGUUGAACGACUUCAAGCAGAUCAACACCCAGGUUCUUGGCCUCUCUACCGACUCGCAGUAUGCGCACUUUGCGUGGGCGCAGCUCGAGCGCAAGGCUGGUGGCCUUGGCCCCGAUCUCAAGAUCCCCCUCGUCGCGGACCGCAGCAUGCAGAUCUCGCGCGACUACGGCGUGCUGAUCGAGGACGCGGGUGUCGCGCUCCGUGGCCUCUUCAUCAUCGACCCGAAGGGCAUCCUUCGUCAGAUCACCGUGAACGACCUCCCGGUCGGCCGCUCGGUCGAGGAGACGAUCCGCCUCGUCAAGGCAUUCCAGUUCACCGACGAGUACGGUGAGGUCUGCCCCGCCAACUGGCACGAGGGCGGCAAGACGAUCAAGCCGACGCCGACCGACAAGCUCGAGUACUUCUCGACCGCGGAGGCGGACGCGGCGAAGAAGCAGCGCACUGCGUAAACGUCGCUUGAUCCACGCUGCGAUCGACGAUGCCUGCCAUGACUGACGACUUGCGACGACGGAGGGGAUAGAAGAAGGAUCUAGAAAUGUGCUAUUAGAUUUACUAGAGGGCGCUCUUGUUUGUAGAGGUUGUAUCAAUGCCUUUCGCUCUCGACGC